GACACACUGUGAAGCAGCCGGCCUGGCCUUAUCAUCAACAACUUAUAUACUCAUUAUCCUUGGCUCUCUAUCCCAACCCCCAAACAAAGCUAAGAGAGAUUUAAUUUUUCAAAUUAUUGAUGUCUGAUCACCAUCAUCGUCAGUUCACUCCAGACAUGCAAAUCCUGAAACAACCAUUCUCUGCACUCAACAAUGAUCCGGCGGCAAUGGAAAUCAUAAACCCGUUUCAAGACUUGAUAAACCCGAUCGGUUACUCAGCAGCGCUCCCCUCCAUGAAUUUUCAGAGCUCAAUGGUGGGAUUUUGCCCAGAAACUUUUCUCGCCCCUGAAUUUGCUGAGAAUUUGUGUCAAAACUUCCCGGCCGACGGCCAUCAUUCCCUGCUGCAAAGUGAGAUGAAGACGAAGAAACCGGUGCCCAGAGCAGCCAAUCGGCCGUCUAUUAACUCGAAGAUCACCGACCAUACUCCGGAGAGCAGCUUGACGCAUUCCGAGAGUGCCACCAAAAAUUCAGGAGGGCGGCGGAAAAGAAAGAAGAAUGGUGAAGAAGAAGUACAAGUGGAGGAGGAGGAGGAGCAGCAGCAGCAAAGGGAAGUGGUGCACGUAAGAGCUAAAAGGGGACAGGCUACGGAUAGUCACAGUUUAGCAGAAAGGGUUAGAAGAGAGAAAAUCAAUGAAAGACUCAGGUGCUUGCAAGAAAUUGUUCCGGGAUGCUACAAGACAAUGGGCAUGGCUGUUAUGUUGGAUGAAAUAAUUAACUAUGUGCAGUCUUUGCAAAACCAAGUUGAGUUUCUUUCUUUGAAGCUAGCGGCAGCAAGCACCUACUACGACUUCAACUCCGAAAGAGAUGAUACAGGAACACUGCAGGUGCGGUUCCAGACCAAUUAAGCUUUUGAAGAAAUGAUGAUCGGUUUUUUAUAUAAUUCAACAAAAUGAUGAUCUAACUAAUGUAAAUGGCAGAGAGGAAAAGCAUACGAGGGAUUGAAACUGCAAGGGGUAGCGAAUUCCAACCCUCUUCACCACAGCCGCAGCCCCUAUCCUUGUUAAUUUCAUUCUUCUUUUUCGAUGUACAAAUGAAAUUCAAAUCCGGUAUACAAAGUGGGAAUUCAAUUAAUGACUUCGUUCAUAUAUUUUAGCUUACAACUAUCUAUCUCAAAUCCGCUCCCUUUGUUUUGAAUGAAUGAAUGAAUGAAUAAAAUUGAGCUGCUGCUUCUGUGAAA